AUGAAUAUAAUUGGCCAAAAAGUACUUUUAGAUGGUCAAGUAAUUGAUACAUUAUCGAAUCACUAAUUUAGAUUACCUGAAACUAAAGUUUAUGCUUGGUCAUUUCAUAAAUAAAAUAUUGUUGCCCUAGGAGUAUCAAACAAUAUUUAAUUAUGGACUGAAAGAAAACCAAAUGAUUGGUAAUUGGCUCUAACAUUUUCAUCUCAUCAAUAUCCAAUCAUUCAUUUAUCAUGGGCACCUUAUGAUGUUACUUUUGCAUCUAUUGAUUAAACUGGAUUAGCAUUAAUUCAUAAUAAAAAAUAAGAUAAUUGGGAUUAGCCAAUACAAUUAAAUUAGGAAAAAUAUUCUGUUAUUGCAUUUGCUCACAAUAAAUCUACCAUUGCUGCAGGAGGAUAAUGUUUAGAUUGUAUUCAAUAUAUUAUUUUAUUCUUAGUUUAUGAAAAUUUCAAAUUAAUUCAUAGACUUAAUUUACCUGUCUAAUUAUUAGCAUAUAGUUUCACUGAUCGAUUGUUAGCUGUGAGUGACAAUUCCAUUAGUAUUUUUGAAAAGAAUAUCUUAAAAUAACACAUACUUCUUGAAUAAAUUCCAUCAUCAGUUUCAUGGUCAUUAAGUGGUUCCAAAAUUUAUGUUUAAAUUCUAAAUGAAACAUUUCAGUAUGUAGAAAAUUUGUAUAAUGAAUUCGUAUUAUAACAUUGA